AUUCAAACACUUUGUAUUAAUAUAUCUGUGUUAUAUCAAUUUAAUAAAAAAGUAUGGAUGCUUUUGAAAUCGGAUCAUGUUUUAAAAGUUAUAACGAAUUAAUGGAAAAACUCAGCGAAUAUUGUGAAGCCACCAACACAAAAUUUACCACAAAAGAUUCUAGGCUAAUUACAGAUGAAUUUGCAACCGCCAAAGAAAGUUUUGUUUAUUCAGAAUUGAAGCUUAUCUGCAUAUAUGGCCGUUCAAGUAAAUAUAGAUAUAAAGAACAACCCCGGAAAAGAAAAAUGAGAACAAUGAAAAUUCCAAAAACAGAAUGUCCAGCAUAUUUCAGAAUAAAACUAAUUAACUCAGGAGUUGCUUUACAAAUUGUAGCAAUGAAUACAAAGCAUAAUCAUGUUUGUGAAAAAAUAGAGGAACCUAUUAAGGAACAGAAAAGGAAAAAAGAUAAGAUAAAAAGGGAAAUCAAAAGUGAGGAUGAGGAUAAUGAUGAAACAGCAGAUGAUUUGGAGGCAUCAGUAUAUAUUGAAGUUUAUAUAGAUCCAGAUGAAGACCUUGGACCAGAGAAAAAAUUAAAAUUUUCAGCUAAAGGAGUAUUUGUACCUGUUUUUAAUAUUUUUAGUGAUGAUUCAUCAGUAAAUAUUGGACCCAUUUCAGAAUAUGCUGAAUAUUUAUCUAGUUUUGGAGUUAAUGGUGUAGUAGUAAAUAGUUAUACUGGAGAAGGGACGUCGAUGAAUAUUAGUGAAAGGAAAUUAGUGACAGAAAAAUGGAUUGAAGUUACAAGGCCGUUAAAAAUGCAAGUUAUGGUACAAAUAGGUGGUUGUGCGUUACCUGAUGUAUUGGAGUUGGCAAAACAUGCAGAAUCGUAUAAUGCCGAAUCGAUUCUUUGUAUGCCAGAGUUAUAUUUUAGGCCCACAUCCAACGAAGCUCUAGCCGAUUAUUUAAAAAUCGUCAGCGAAGCUGCUCCAAAGACGCCUUUGUUUUAUAGUCACAAUCCCGAAAUGUCGGGGAUUAAUUUAAAUAUGGUAGACUUUUUAAACACAUACGGACUUGUUAUUCCUACGUUUUGCGGUAUAGAAUAUGUUUCAAAUGAUCUGAGUGAAGCCGAGUCUAUUUUAGAAGCUAGCCAUGAAAAGUACAAAAUUUUCUAUGGAACAGAGUCGCAACUAGCCGCUGCCGUUUCUAUUGGUUUUGAUAGUGGAAUACUACCAGUUGCAAAUUUGUUUCCUCAGCAAGUAAGUAGUAUUCUAAAAUCAACAAAGAAUACCAAAACAAUAGAAGUUAGAAGGUUACAAAAGAAACUUACUACAAGCUGUACGGCCAUAUAUGAUUUUGGUUUUUGGGUUUCUACAAUGAAAGCAUGCAUGAAUUUGAUAGUACCUUUUAACGUGGGUAUCUGCAGAGCGCCAUUAAAGAACCUUUCGGAUGAAGAUGUAAUCUCGAUGAAACUAAAACUAAAUUUAGUAUGAUUAAAAAUAGACUGUUUAGAAUUUAAAAUUGUUUAUAAAAUACCAAUCAAACGCAUUUUUUAAUAAUUAUGUAUAAAAAGCACAUAGAAUGAAUCAAUUUUUAAAUGCGCUCUACUGAGAUAUUUUUCUUCUAUAAUGCUUGAUUUAUUUUGUUUUAUACUGUUUUUAAUAGUACAAACAGCUCAAUAUUGGUUUACUUCAAUUUUUCAUCAACAGACAAGUUUUACAACCUGUUCCACUGUUGCCGUCUAUUUUGUACUGUGUAACAAUGAAUAUGUAUUUAUAUCAUCCGAAAAUUCAUCUCUUGUAUUAAAACUUAAUUUAUUCUAUAUUCCGUCCAAAAUAUUUUCAUUAGUCUCCGAAAGUGCCAAAUGUUCAAAUAUUAGCCUUCAGUCUGUUAAUUGAACCUAUUACCCAGAUUUAUAUUUUUAACUCAUACACUAUAAUGUACAUUAUAGUAGGGCAAUAGACAUUUGGUAGACCUUUUUACUUCCACUCUGAUGUCAGAAGUCUCACCCACAAGAUGGAAAAUUAUACACUUUUGGAGCCGUUUUAACUUUUGAAAUGUCCCUAACUUGCCAUGCAACUAUAAAGCACCAAAAAACGUUGACUUUAUUUUAAUCGGAAGCUUGUUACGUCAGAAUGAAAGUAUUGGGGAACUCCCAACUCACUUACAUUUUAUUCAAUUGGGUCAAAUUUGGUGAUAAAUUAAAUGCUUUGGAGGUCACUUUUAACUUAUAUUGUUAUACUCGGUACAUAUGACUCACAUAUGUUCCGGUUUUCUAGCGUCUUAAUGCCUUCCAUGAGAUCCAUGAUUGAGUGUCACCGAGUGUCAAAACCGCAUCAAUUUUUGAUUUUACGCCAUGACAUUUGAAAAUAUUCUGGUUGGAGUGUCGCUCAAACCAUGAACUUACUAAAACUCGCAUCGAAGCGAAUCUGCCAGUCCGCUGUGUUAUCGAAUCGAUUAUUUGAAAUGUAUCAAAAUAUGUCGCGGUACAAAAUCAUCAGGACCGAGCCAGUUACGUCCACUACCAAAUAUAUGCUUCCCCCAAUAGCUUCUAAUUUUCUUUAUGUCAUUUGUAACCACAUACUGUUUUUAAUGCGUCACAAAUUAUGCAAUGAGUAUUUCAUUCUACAGCGCUGCAUGAAAAUCACAAUGGGAUAUUCUUAAAUAACGUCUCCAGUAUUUAUGUCAGAAAAUCUUCUGGCAUCACUUCGCAACCUAAGAUAAAUGUCCUAUUUUAAAGUGAAGAAAUAAAGUGUUUUCGGCUUAAGUUGCUGGUGAAAUGAUCGGAAGUAUAGCAUUCAUACAGUGGCGUAAAUUACAGAGGUUUUCAUGGCAAGUGUUACAUAGUAUGGAUCUUUUUAAGAUCUAUGCGAGAAACUUUUAUUAUAAUUGGCUUUUAUUUUACUUAAGUGGUGUUUUUUCAUUUUUUUAUUAGCGAUAUUUAUCUGUAGUCUUCUCGGCUUUAAUUUAUGACUUUCUGUGUUGUGUCAAGUUUCACUAACCAUUCAGUUAUUGUUUUAGUUAUUCCUCAAAAUCUACUUUCAUGUUCGAUAUUUUAUUUAAUCAGAGAAAUUAAUAGAUGUAAAAGGAGAAUAUGUCAAGCCACGUGUAGGUUACUUGAUGGUAAUCAUUUUAUACAGAUUGUACAGGUUUAACUAAUCGUCUUCGGUGGCAAUUAUUACCACCCCAAGGGUCCCAAUAUUGACGACCCGAACGACCAGUUAUAUGAGAGCUGUUGUAGAGAGGCUCCGACGGAUGUUUCCAUUUCAACUCUGGAUACAUUAAGUAUUUGAGUUACUUCGCUUAAAUCCCUCCCUGUUGAAUUUACUCCUCUAUGUAUGUUGAGUACUCGAGUUACCGUGAUCAACUGCCUUUCCUUACUCCUAAAGAAGUUACCAACAAAUGUAGCUUAACCUUGAGAUGGAUCCACAUACCGGUUAUCCAAAAAAGGCACGGUCCAAACCCGUUUAGUUAAUUAUGACUCUGACCGUAGAAGCCUCCGAUUUCACUAUAUAGGUUUGUUGAUCUAUGUCUAUUGCAAGAUUUUAUCAUUAAAGUGAUUAGAAGUUUCAUAGUUUUAAUAAAUUUUACUAAAAAUUGGAUAUUACUAGUUCAUUAUUAAGAUGACUAAAACCAACAAAAGUCUACAAAAUUUUAUAUAUCCAUACAUAACCUCGUUAUGUGUGCUCACACCAGCAGCACUCGUACUGUGUGCUGCUGGUUAACUAUUUAAAUAACAAUUGGUAACUAACAAAAAUUACAUAUAUCAGUUUUUCAACAGUUUUCGUGUAUUCCGG